UUAUGUUAAGCCUACAAAAUGUUUCUUUCCUUUUACAAGUAACUUUUUAUUACCUUUUUAUUUUUAUUUCUUUUGUGUUAAUCAAUUAUCUUCUAAUCUUAAUCAAUCAAACAAGAUUCUUAAUUAAAGGUGAUUAUUUGUGAUAUGUAAGUUGCCUUGUUAAUCUUGUGAAUUAUUUUAAUUUUAAUUGGAUCAUCUGAUUGUCUUCAACUUGUUAGUCAAUAAAAAUGAUGAAGGAUCAUUAUUGCUGGUUUUGCCAUCGUAUUUGCCAACACAAGCUCAAUUGUAACAAGUGCGGUCGCAAUUUUCAUCUUAAAUGCGUCUCUGAUUAUAAACCACGUUUGUUGGAUGUUAAUGGAUUGAAAAAAUUUGAAUCAGUGUGUCCAGAGUGUAUUUCAUUGGAUCGUGAUGCUAAAAAGUGGGUCAAGGGUGAAGAUUUCGAACCAGUGCCCAAAAAGACACUGAACACUUUGUUGAAAUGUAUUUUAGAUUCUCUAAAGCCGGAGGCACCAGACCCAUUUCUCUGGCCUCUCACUAAAUUUCAAGCCUGUGCUAACCCGAUAGAUGUUUCGGAAAUUGGAAAACGAGCUGAAAAUAAUUCUUACAAUAGCCCAAGAGCUUUUCUUCAUGAUAUUUAUCUGAUUAUUCAUAAUUGUUUAGUUAUUUUUCGUUACUCUACACGGCUUAACGUUGAUAAAUCGAUACUCAGACAAAUGGCCGACUUUGACAAACUGGCCACAGCUUUCAGACGAGCUGUUGAUACAAAGAUUCGAUUUUUGGAAGAUUGUCCUUAUUGUAUUUGGAAUUACAGAAGAGACGCUGAAAAUUGGCUAACAAACCCUUGCCCUUGGGGUCAUCCUUUGGUCAUUGUUGAUAUAGAUACAGAGAGAAAAUUUGUGCCCGCUAAACUUAUUAAAUUCAAUCGAGCCUCCGGACGUGUCGAUAUAAUAUUAUUUGCGUUUGGUGAAAGAGUCAGAGUCAGUGCCGAUGAAUGUUGGGUACCCAGACUUUCUGAUCUAAUACCAGAUAGAAAAGACAAUGAAAGAUUAGCCGAAGCCAAAUCUCAAGCCAAACAAUAUCUCGAGAGUAUCGAGAAAAAGUUCAAAAUUAAGAUGAACUAUGGUAAAGAGCGACGGAAACUUACAGCUCGUGAUAAAGAUUAUAUUAAGAAAAAUUCUAUUCCAGAUAUAAUUGAAUUAACUGAUGAUGAAUCUAUUGUUGGUGGUGUGAUAAAUAAUCCAAGUGUUACUCCAAAUGAAAUACAACUUGAAAUUAAUGAAGAAACUUCAUCUAAACAUUCAGAUGAAAAUUCUAAUGGAGAAGUUACAAUUGACAUAAACAACAAUGACGAUGAGAUUAUCGAUGAGAUUGUUAAUGAGAUUAGUGAGACCAAUGAGACAAACACAGUGAUCAAUACUGUUGGACCUUCACCUCUUACAACUUUAAUUGAACGUAUACCCUCACCCGCACCCUCACCCUCACCAACACCAGCAUCAGCAACAGUAACAGCAACAGCACCAACACGCGCACCGACACCAGCACCAGCAACGGUCACCACAAAUCAACCGGAAACUGUUGAUAAUCUAGAUCAAGUAUCUAAUCCAAAAUCAACACCGAUCAAAAUUUCAAAUCCUACUAACGCUGUACCAUUGAAACCAAAUGAACCUUCAACAUCAACAUCAACAUCAUCUGUAUUCACCACUUCAUCAACAUCUACACCACCUCCGUCCAUGAAUGAAAAUCAAUUUGACAUUGUAUCAGAUGAGGAUGAAACUCAAACCAGCGAACCAGAUCACGAACCCGAACCCGAACCUGAACCUAUUGACAAUGAGAAGAAAUCAAAUGCCGCUCUUCCUUCACCACAAUUCAUCAUUGAAGAUGAUCACGAUAGUAACUGUGUGCCACAAUUUCAACCUAUUUCACCGUUUAGGCUAACCUUGAACGAAGAUGGUGCUAAUAACUUUUUCGAGUUGGAAACCAUGAAGCAUAAAUUAUCAAAUGGAUCAACUGAUUUUCGCCAAUCUAAAAAGAUGAAACUUGACGAAGAUAUUGUCAAUACUUCACAUUUAUUUGAGAUGAAAAGAUUGGAGCAACAAUUGGAAUUUGCAGAGAAAGAGAAACAAUUAAACCGUCAACAAAUCAGUGAAAUUCAAGAGCAAUUACGAUUAACCAAACAAAUGGCUGAAACUAAAUUAAAAACGACCGAAAUUCAAUAUCAAUCACAGAUUAAAAUUUUAAAAGACACAAUUGAAGAGGAAAAGAGAGCAAAAGAAAUUCUUAAUUCAAAAUUGGUCAAAGCAAUUGAACAAAGUGUUAAUUUAGUUCAACAAGUUGAUGCAACUAAAUCAUUCUGGGAAAAUAAAUUAACAGAAGAAUCAAAAUCAAGAAACGAACAGCACAAACGAGAGAUGGACAGUAAAAUCGAGGAGAUCAACACGUUAAACGAAAAAUUGAACCAAAUUGAAGAAAAAUACAAAAAAUUGGAAAACGAACACAACACAAUUUUGCCGAAAUACAAGCGACUUAGUACCACAAUUACAUCGCUACGACUCGAUUGUGGCGAUUUCAAUGAUGAAUCACCUGAGAAAACCAAUUAAAGCAUCUCAGUUCAAUUAGCUGAUGAUUAACCAAAUUAAGUGGAUAUCUAUGUAAAUCAUUUCAACGCAAAUCGAUCUAAAUUAUUGCAUCAUUAUUACCAAUCGACCCACUUUAUUAUCAAGUUAAUUGUCAUGAAAAUCUAUCACUUAAUCAGUAACAUGAUAUCCAAUUAUAAGAAAAAAAAUCUACCAAUCAUCAUACUAAUUGAUCUGAGUAAUUAUCAAACUUAAAAGUGACACAAUUAAUCGUCAAAAUAAUUUGAUUGCAGAUCAAAAAUCUGUUUGUACAAAUUAAUCAAAGUUGUUAUUGUUAUUACAUUGUUAAAAUUGAUUGUACCUGUUAACAAUUAAAUCAACUUUAACAUGUAAAGUUUUUAUAACUAAAACAAAUCUCAAAAUGUAAAA